AUGUCUACACAGGAGAAGCUUGCCGAGUCGACAUCAUCAUCGGUGCCUCAGAGCACGACGGCGCAGCAGAGCGACAAUGUUGCGCAUGCGCUUGCUGGCGCGGGUGGAGGCCUGCUGUCCAUGGCCCUGACCUACCCACUCAUCACCCUCUCGACCCGCGCGCAAGUCGAAUCCAAGCGAGCACAGUCUUCCACGCUCAAUGCCGCCCGCCGCAUCAUCAAGCGCGAAGGCGUCGCAGGACUCUACGCCGGCCUCGACUCCGCCCUCUUCGGCAUCAGCGUAACAAAUUUCGUAUACUACUAUUGGUACGAAUGGACGCGCUCCUUCUUCGAAAAGGCUGCCCUAAAAGCCGGUCGCGCUUCGUCCAAACUCACAACCGUCGAGUCGAUGCUCGCGGGCGCCCUCGCAGGCAGCGCAACAGUCCUCAUGACCAACCCCAUCUGGGUCAUAAACACACGCAUGACGACACGAAAGUCUGAAGCCUCAGAGGACGCUUUGCCUGGCGCGCCUGCACCGCAGAAAGCACCGUCGACACUCGGUACGCUCAUUGCGCUUAUCCGCGAGGAGGGUCCCGCUCGUCUUUUCGCUGGCGUUAUGCCGGCGCUCGUCUUGGUCAUCAACCCUAUUCUGCAGUACACUGUGUUUGAGCAGCUGAAGCAGAUGCUGGAGAAGAGAAGGCGUGUGACGCCCAAGGAUGCGUUCUAUCUGGGCGCCCUGGGCAAGUUGCUUGCGACGAGUAUUACGUAUCCGUAUAUUACGGUUAAGAGCCGCAUGCAUGUUGCCGGUCGUGAUGGCCCGAGGGAGAGCAUGUUGACUACGUUCCGCAGGAUUAUUAAGGAGGAGGGGUACACCGGAUUGUAUGGAGGAAUCGGACCAAAGGUUACCCAGAGUGUUAUCACUGCUGCUUUCCUAUUUGCUUUCAAGGAUGUACUGUAUGCUUAUACCGUUCAAGCGCGCAAGAAGCUGGCUAUGCGCAAGGCGUAA